AUGUUCCCGCUAUUGUUCAUCUUAGAAUUUUUGUCAUUCUCCUAUGGAUUGGAGGGUAUUUUCCCUGGAGACGAUAUUAUUACCGAUAAGCCGAAUCGCUUUCUGAAGAUGGUUCGCUUGAAUUUCAACGAGCAAAAGGGUCCAUUUGUGUUGAGAAAAAACUCAACGCUGUUGACGGAAAAAGGCGGAGCUGUCGAGUUCGAUAUUACUACUCAUGGAUAUCACGGAAAUGAGCUCAAUUGUGUAAAAGUUGAGCUAGAAAUCGAGAAAGAAGAGGUUGGAAAGCUGUACAGUGAUUUCUCCAUCGAUGACAUCUUUUGGGAGGGGAGACAUUGGGCUGAGGUGAUUGGCAACAAAGAAAGGAAACACGAGUUCGUUGUCGUUGACGGUGGUUUAAUGUUUGGGUACAACAAAAACGCUCCGGAUUUUAAAGUAACGCUCAGUGAGACGGAUCGAGAUGUUGAGUGUCGUUGCGGAGUUUUCCUCGAAAAAUACAACGAUAGUUUGCCAAACUAUUUGAAAUACGCAAGUCAGUAUUUCGUUGAUGAUCAGCCAAAGACUUGUUCAAACACGGUUUGCGGAUGGGCGAUGAGCCCAGCUCGAAACAAAACCCUCGAUAUUGAGUUUACUUUCAAGGGAAACUUGGAUUCAUCCGAUAAAUUCUACGUGAGAAGUUCGAAAGGGAUUAUAAAUUUAUCUUUAAAAUCCAACGAAGCUCAAAAGCUGAAACUUCCUGGAGCUGACCCAUUGGAAGUCUAUUUUAUCAGUGGAGCGAAUCCAAAAGUCAAUCGACAUUUGGAGCUACAGUACAGCUAUGAGAAUAUUUAUUUU